AUGUCAGUCAAACUUGUUGGGUGGAUAUUCAGCCAUGUGUUGAAGAAUUUUUUUGGGAAAAACCAGGGGCUUCAAAAAGUAAUCAUGGACGUUGCAGAUGAGUUUAAAGAUGAAUUCCCUGCAAUCCUACAACUGUCACAGUCAACCCAGAAAAAAGAACGCAUCCGAAAAAACUCCAAGAUCAAAAUGUCUAAUGUUUUAGCCAAGGUCAAUAGAGGAACAGUCAUUCAAGGAUUACACAGCAUAUCCCGAUCCUCUCAAUCAGUGGCCAAACUUCUGCAGCCUCAGCUUGCCUGCAGGCUUUUAGAGUUACGGGACAUAUCUGGUCGUUUGCUGAGGGAAAUCAAUGCCCCUAAGCGUCCCCUAUAUAACAAACAGGUCAAAAGCCAUUCUUUCUUUGACAUUAUUUCCUUUCCAGCAAAGACUGUUUUAAUUAGCAUAAUGUAUGCUUCUUAUGCAGCACUAAUUUAUUUGACAGUCUGUGUUAAUGCCAUGUUGGAGAAAGUGCAGAAAAUACUCCAAGAAGAAGAUGCCAUCCGGCAAAGGAGACAAGAGACUGAAAGUCUUAGAAAAGCCUGUUCUGAACCUGUGCUUCCUGAGCCUGUGCCUUCUGAAGGUAAAAUCACAGCAAAACCUUACAGGUCAUUACCAGAGAAGCCAGACAGCACGGCAGCCCACCCCAAGCUUCCUGCUAAUAAGCCGAGUAAUAAGAUCCAGGUUUUACAUUCUGUGUUUGACCGAUCAUCUGAAAAGAAUGAGAAAAUAUGA